AUUGUUAUGAAAACAUUCGUGUCAUAACAAAAACAUCAAAAAAAUUCACACAUCACAAAAUUUCCCGUUCGUUAUCAAGAUUUCUAAAUCAACCAUCUCAAAAUUUCAGUGAAUGACCAUUUUCCUGGCAUGAAUCAAAGUUGCUGCACGUAUCUGUUGAAGCUGUCAUACAAUAAUUUCUACAGAUGCUUCCAUAAUUCCUGCGCCAAUAAGGCCACGCAUUAUGAAACGCUGAAAUUACAAAGGAACUGUACGUCUAAAGAAGUCAGAGAAUCGUUUUUGAAGCUUUCGAAAGAGCAUCAUCCAGACCUUAACAAGGACCCUAAUGCUCAUAAUCAGUUUUUAAAGAUACAGGAAGCUUAUAAUGUUCUGAGCAAGCCUGGUCCAAAAGCAUCGUACGAUCUUUCAUUAUCAAAUCCUCAUAGACAUAUUCAUAAUGUUUAUACAUCGAAACCAGGAUUUAGAGGCGAAGGUCCCAGGAGCUAUUGGGACGAUCCGUACUUUCACCAUCAGCAACAUUAUGAACGAAGAUAUAGAGAGGAAGAUAUACCGUUUGGCCUAAAUCAUAGACCUUCUAAGGCUACAAUAGUGUUUUGCUGUAUAAUAUUAGCACUAAUGUCGUUUACAAUGCAGAUGAUGGUUGUGAGGUAUAGAAGUAACCAGAUGACACGACUAUCUAAUGAAGCAGAAGAAACAUUAAACGAAGUCAGGGAAAGAGCCAAUAGAAACGGAAAUUUAGUGCAAUUGGAAAUUUUAAGAAAAAAAUUUGAGGAACAAAAACAACGUGAAUUAGAGUAUUUGAAGAGUCUUGAGAGAGCGAAAGGUAGAUCCCUGUAAAAACUAUAAAAGAUUCGUUAAAUUGUCGGUAGAUGGCAGGAAUAACUGAAAUUGUUUUAGUUACGCCUCUGUCUAAUAGAGGUCCCAGAUACUGUACAGAGACCAUACAACUUUUUAUAUAAUAGGCCGAGUAACUACACAUCACAAUAAAGGAAGUACAUAGUAAACUGGAAAAAUAUAAAAGUACAAAACUUUUCGAAAUAUUUUAAUAAAAUUUUAAUCUUUUUGUACAUCAUUUUUUCUUCAACCAAUACAUAUAUCACAUGUAACUUUUUUUAAUUCUAUAAUAUUAAAUAGGCUUAAAAAUGUUUGAAGAUAUAUUUUUUAUAUUUAUAUAUU